AUGGCGGGUCAGGCUCCGUUUCACUGCCACUGCACAGCCACCGUUGUGGCCCAAGCUGUGCCACCGUCUAUGAUCACGCAUACUACGUCAUCUCAGCACCUGAUAUCUGACAGCCCAUUGUCUUACUACGUUACUACGCUCAUCCUAGUAAUUGAAUUGAAGCUUGCAGUUCCAAGCACGUGUCGUGGCGGACAUUCAAUCCACUCAGAGCGAAGAAAAUAUUCACAGUAUAAGCUUGAUAUACCUGACAUUGGGACAUCAAUGGGUGUUAGAUACGGUUUACCAAUUGAAUUUUUCCAAAAAUAG